AUGAGAAUACUAGGCAAAGGCAAAAGCAAUGGCAACUGCUACAAGACCCCGAAGCGAUGGAAGCCCUACUCUAGCGACGACGUGCCGCAAGAUGAAGGGGAGGUGGUUGAAAUCCAGGAAAAAAUUUACGCAGUAAAUCAAGACUACCCUUCAGACUUUGCCGUUGGUUGCUAUUCAAUUCAAAUAGCGGAAUUCUAUGGUGACAAGCAAUAUAAAUGCACUCUUCGUUAUUUGAACCAAGAGAAGCCUUCUAAACUCGUAGCAUACGACACGAGUUUGAAACUCAUUAAGGGUGCUGGCCGCAACAAAGAAAACGCGGCGACGCUCAAGCCUUGUCCAGACUGCCCGAUUGGACUAUAUAAGUUAUUGCAUAUAGACCGAGCGAGAGGAUGUAUUAUCUUUGUCUUAAUGGUUGACGAUGAACGAAUCGGGUGCCAGCUUUUAAUGAGAGAAAGUAAAAUAGACAACGGCGUUCCCAAGCAAUGCCAAAUUAUGUACAACAAGAACUGCGGAACAGCAAUAACGGGACUCUAUAAUCCAAUGUGCAAGAGCCGGGAAGAUAUUCCAAUACCACGGAGCGAUUAAAUAAAGGAAGAUCUUAUACUGAAUGUUAAUUUUUUUCUGCAAAAAAUAAUGCUGUGCUAAGCCUUACUUCGUUCAAAAAUACUUGCAAGAAAAUAUACUUUGAAAAAAGAAACAUGCGCAACAAA